UAUAAAACACAACUUGAUGCUGAUAAACAAAACGAACAACUUCAAUUGAAUUACAACGUCACCGGUGCCAGAAUGAAAGUUGUGAAUUCUCAGAUCAACGAGAUCACCAAGAGGCGCAAUCUCCAGAAAACCCAGCGCAAAAAUGAGAGACUUGUCAAAGAAGCAAUCUCACUUGAAAAAAAGGAAUUCAAAAAGAAUAAGAAGAUGUUGCAGCAGAAAAUUCAAAAAUCAAAGAAUGAGAACAAUCUUGUCGAAACGGAAAAUUUGAAAGCUGAACUUGAAGACCUUGAAAUUAAUCAUAAAAUCGAGAUGAUAGACUUGGCGGAACGUUUGGUGGUUAUAAGGCGAGAAAACGCUGCGCAAAACUUGAAGAAUGCGGUCGUGCGUGAAAGCAAGAUGAGAAAAAUUGUUGAGUUAAUGGGCGAGAAGAAAAGGCAGUUUGAGUUGACAAAAGGAAGAGGAGACAUUUGCCAGAGAGUCAUGAGGCAGUUGGACAAACGAAUUGAGUAUUUCACGUUCAUGGAAAACAAGGCGAAGAUGCGUCUUGAAGAGGCUGUUAAGGCGAUUGAAAGACACACUUUUGAGUUGGAGGAGAUGAAAAAGAGCGGCGAGAUGAUGACGAAAAAGAAAAUCCACAUACUCAAUGUCGUUGAAGAAAGCGAUUUCCAUAAAUUGCGGGUCACGAAUAAACUCAUUGAGGAGAACGAGAAUAAGAAUCUGAAUGGAAAAAUCACCGUCUAUGAAUAUCAAACACAGAAGAACUCACUUAUUAAACGAAGGGAAAGUGUCGAGAAGAGAAAGAAGUACGUCGAAAAGAAACUGAGAGAACUUGGAGACGCGGAGGUUUUUGAGAUGAAAGAACGCGAGACGGAUGUCAGACUUGCAGUAAGAAAAUUGAGAGCAGACAACUCACUUGUUGAGCAACAGAUGGCCGGUUUGAAAGGCAAAAUUGAUUAUUUUAACAAACGGAUGAGUGUGGAAAAGGAAGUUGCGAAGAAAGUCGAAAUAAUGAGAAAGACCAAAACGUUUUAUAGCCAAUUUGAAAUUCUUAGACAAAGGUCAGUUGAACAGAAACAAUUACUUGCCCAUAAAAAGGCAGAACUUGACGAUGUCAGUUUGAAGUUGUUGAGGCACGAAGAGGUUAAAGUCGAAAACUCGAUUGUUGAGGGCAACGCCACACAAACGUACGAAGAGAAAAAGAAAGAAAUCAAACAAAAGAGAGAGGAGAUUCAAGAAAAGUUGGACAGGAACAAAGACAAAAUGGAGCAGUUACGAGUUGUUUUGUCUGCACUUAGAGUUGAGCAGAACUUCUGGAAGGCAAAGGACGCAUUCCGAACAUACACCAAGAUCCUUAGAAGAAUCGAGGACAAAAUUUCUUAUUUAAGAACAAAAAUCGGACUGAAGGAGAACUGCCUAGCUGCUAAAGAAAGAAACGGAUUUGGUCAGUCAACAAUUGCGGAGGACCUGAAAGAGGAGAUUGGGUAUUUGAGAGAGGAGUUGGAGAACCUUGUUGUUGUAAAGAAAGAAGUUGUGAAAAAGGCCGUUUUGAAGGGGCAACGCUUUGUCGCUGUUGGCCAGAUAAUGCACAAGCGGGCUGUUGAUGACAAAGAGGAGCUGAGAAUUAAGAGAAGCAGAAUGAUCAAGAAAAUAUUUGACAUUGAAGACAACAAUAAGCA